AGUGUUCCUUUUGAAUACAUUGCUAGAAAUGUAUUUUUGAAUCCGAAUUUCUCAGUAUUAAUACUUAGAUUGUUUUUAGUACUGAAGAGCAUAGCUCAAGUUAUCGAUAUGUGACAUGUAGCCACCCCUUCUUGCAGAUAAAGCCAGACUGUCAUUUUCCUUACGGCUACCAUUUCCAUUUUGCAGAAGGAAUUACUGUUUGUGUUUAACACUUGACCGCAGUCGUCUUGGACCUUUGCUCAAAGAGAGAUGGCAAUUACUGUUAAGCCAGUUUGAUUUGCCUCUCCAUCCAGAACAGUGUCCUGUCCAUCCCAGGCACUGAUUGUAUGCCUGCUGAGUGGGACUGGAUUUGAAAAACGCUGAGCCCUUCAGGUAGACAGGCAGCUGUCCCAAGAGGCAGCUAUGCAGCUAGGAAACAGGGCUGCAGUUUUUACCCCCAUUCUUUGGUGCCAGCUUCCCAGCAUAUGAAUAGCGUGGUAGAAACUACCCUGGGCUGAUGUUUGGAGGUUGUUUUGUCUGUCCUGUUUUUGUUCGGGCAAAUUGGGUCUGUGAUAGAGAUCUGACUGAUAGAGACUUUUCACAUGUUUUGCCCUUUAGCGGGAUACGGAUCCUUGGGGAUCUUUGCAUUGUUUUGUCUAAUAGGGUCGGUUGUGUGUUACACUGUGUCAUGCCGGGUUUCAUUUAGUUGGCUGGGACACCAAAGGGGAAAGGGGUGUCCUGCUGCUGCCCGGGUUUCUAAGGAAGCCGGGAAGUCACAGCUGCUGAGCAGAAAGAAGCCUGUGGUUGACACAGGGAGUGUAGAGGGUAAUCAUUCCUGCCGAGCCGGGGCUGUUUACUCUGCCACCGUGUUGCUGGUGGACGCUGGGUGUGGUGGGCGUGCUUGCCUAGUACCUGUUUGUAGAGCACUGAGACAGCCAGGGCAGAGCUAAAACAGCAGUCAUCUGAAACCAGUCGUGUGGGUUUUCCCUCACGGGCUUUAGCAGCUAAAAUCUGCAUUCCAGAUGAAACCUGCAGGGAAGCGGAAGAAAGCACUUAAAAAAAAAAAAAAAAAAAAGCUUAAAGGGCAGUAAAUUAACUGCUUUGAGAGUUCUAGGCACUUUUGAGAUGAUCUAUUGCUUUCUUUAAUUCGUUUCCUUGAUUGCUGCAUUGUAAGUGGCUGCUGAUCUGGGUGUAUGCUAGUUUUUUGGCCUGGAUGCCCCAGGCCUCUCUGAUCAUAAUCCAGAUGAAAAAGAAGGCCUGUGUCAGAAGUAUUUCAGUCAUUUUCUGCUGAUUCACUUCUGAUUCCCUUAGGCUUCUCCGGGCAGUGGCUUAAGUUCCUUCAGAAUCAGCCUGCCGGCUCAGCACUUUCAGAAGCCUUCACUUGCUCACCAAUGAGGAAGUUGAAUGCCACCAGGAGAACUGCCGGCCUGGGGCGGAGCUCCUCGUGAAGUCCUGGGCUGGGAUUACAGGGCAGGCUGACUUUCCCUAUGACAAAAAGGCUUUUGUCCCCGGGAAUAAAUACGGAAGUUUCAGAAGAGCAGCGUCCCGGGUCCGUGUGUAGUAAGGUGCGCGGUCUCGGCUGCUUCUGGGCUUAGACUCCACGGGCUUUUCCCAGUUGCCCUGGCGUACCAUCAUCGCACAAACCGGAAGGAGGGCGCAGUGACUUGAAAGAGACCAAGUGUGUUUGCUGUGCGGCUGACAGCCUAACUCCCGGUUCCCAUUGCUGUCUGUCCUGUGAAUUAAGAGCAGAUGGAGUGGAUAAACUGAGAGAGCGGGAGAAGGUAACACAAGUCAGAACUUCCACCAAGGGCAUUACUGAGACAUGGAGAACGUUGAUAAUUCCCUGGAUGGCAGUGAUGUCUCAGAACCCGCAAAACCUGAAGCUGGACUUGAAGUGGCUCAGUCGAUCCUGAGUAAGUUCUCUAUGAAAUCCCUGUUUGGGUUUACGAGUAAGCUGGAAUCUGUGAAUCCAGAAGAGGAAGAUGCUGUGCUGAAAGCAUUCCACAGUUUAGACGUGGAUCCCACAUCUCAGCAGGAUGAUCCCAGCAAUGGCUUGGAUCCACGGGAAGCAGAGUCUCAGGUUUCACCUGACCUCGGAAAUGAUGAGAAAACUGCAAGGGUGGAGACAGAAUCAGAGGGAAGUCAGAGAAAAGAAGCAGGGACAUCUCUCCUUGCUCAAGAGCUGCUUCCCCUCUCUACUUGGAAAGGGACAAAGGACGAUGUCCUUUGUGUUCGUGGGACCCUCGUGCACACCACCAGUGAUUCCGACUCCGAUGAUGGUGGCCAGGAGCCAGAGGAGGGAAGCAGCACCCAUGGCCCAAAGUCCCCUGGUGUUGUUUUAUCUGAGCCAUCUCAGGAGUCCCAGGAAAACCCAGGAGGUUUCAGGGAAGAUACUAUCACUGGGGGGAUGAAUGGUGCAGAGCUCUGUGCAGAAGAGCCUCAGAGGAUUCCACCUGAGAUAAGCAGCAGACUGGAAGCUGGCAAUGGUGGUCUUCAGACAGAGUAUCGCCCCAGCCAGGGCCAGGUGGGAGAAGAAGGGUCCCGAGUCCUACCUGCAGUAACAAGCCAGAAUUCCAGUGUUGGUGUCACUGAGAGUGCCUCUUCUAAAAAAGAAACCUCUGGAGAGAAGUCAUUCCAACUUCCAGCUUUUUUCAGCGGGCUUCGUGUGCUGAAGAAGGGGGCUACUGCUGAGGGGGGAGAGACCAUCACUGAAAUUAAACCGAAGGAUGGGGACUUAGCUUUGCUCAAAUUGACCCAGCCUGUGCAGAAGUCCUUAGUGCAGGCAGAGCCACAGACAGUGAAGAGUGAGGAGAAAGCAGCUGAGCCGAAGGCCACUCCCACUCUCCUAGAGCAGCUCUCUCUGCUGCUCAACAUUGACAUACCCAAAACUGAACCGAAGGGAGCAGACCCUGAGUCGCCCAGGAGAGAAGAGAUGGGCUGCAACGCGGAUCAAGAGAGCCAGAGCAGCCCUGGAGUAGCCCCAACCCAGGGUGGUGAGAUCAAGCCAAAGCCACCAGAGACGGCCCUGGAGGCUUUUAAAGCCUUAUUCAUCCGGCCCCCCAGAAAGGGGACCACAGCCGACACCUCUGAGCUGGAAGCGCUCAAGCGCAAGAUGAGACAUGAGAAGGAGUCGCUAAGAGCUGUGUUUGAACGUUCCAAGUCAAAGCCAGCGGAUGGCCCUUCUGAUUCCAAAAGUCCUGACCACAGCCCGACUGAGCAGGAUGACAGGACUCCUGGCAGACUUCAAGCUGUCUGGCCACCCCCAAAGACAAAAGACACAGAAGAAAAAGUGGGACUGAAGUACACUGAAGCAGAAUACCAAGCUGCUAUUUUACACUUGAAGAGGGAACACAAAGAAGAAAUUGAAAACCUGCAGGCCCAGUUUGAACUUCGGGCAUUUCAUAUCCGGGGCGAGCAUGCAGUGAUAACAGCGAGACUAGAAGAAACCAUCGAAAAUCUGAAACACGAGCUAGAACACAGAUGGCGAGGGGGUUGUGAAGAGAGGAGAGAUGUGUGCAUUUCCACCAAUGAUGACUGCCCUCCAAAGACCUUCAGAAAUGUGUGCAUCCAGACCGACAGAGAGACCUUCCUCAAGCCCUGCGAAGGCGAAAGCAAGACAACCAGAAGUAAUCAAUUAGUACCCAAAAAGCUGAAUAUCUCCUCUUUAAGCCAGCUCUCCCCCCCAAAUGACCACAAAGACAUCCAUGCAGCACUCCAGCCAAUGGAAGGCAUGGCAUCAAAUCAGCAGAAGGCAUUGCCUCUGCCUACCGCACCGCCCUUGCCAACAUCCAUCCCUCCCCCUCCCCCUCCACCCCUCCCCCUGGGACUUGGCUCUUUGUCUCCAGCACCUCCAGUGCCACCUGUGAGUGCUGGGCCACUGCCACCACCUCCGCCGCCUCCUCCACCACCACCUCUACCUCUAUCUUCAAGUGCUGGACCUCCACCACCCCCACCGCCACCCCCACCGCCACUUCCUAACUCCCCUGCCCCACCCAACCCUGGAGGGCCGCCUCCUGCUCCACCACCCCCAGGACUUGCACCCCCACCUCCCCCUGGACUCUUCUUUGGACUUGGGUCUUCUUCCAGUCAAUGUCCUCGAAAACCAGCCAUUGAACCCAGUUGUCCCAUGAAACCUCUAUACUGGACUAGGAUACAAAUAAGUGAUAGGAGCCAAAAUGCUACACCAACCUUAUGGGACUCCUUAGAAGAACCUGACAUUCGGGACCCUGGUGAAUUUGAGUAUUUAUUCUCCAAAGAUACAACUCAACAAAAGAAAAAACCUCUGUCAGAGACUUUUGAGAAAAAAAACAAGGUCAAAAAGAUCAUCAAAUUAUUGGAUGGAAAACGAUCUCAAACUGUGGGAAUCUUGAUAUCUAGUUUACAUUUAGAAAUGAAGGAUAUCCAACAGGCCAUUUUCAAUGUGGAUGACUCCGUGGUUGAUCUGGAGACCCUGGCAGCCUUAUAUGAAAACAGAGCCCAAGAGGAUGAGCUGGUUAAAAUAAGAAAGUAUUAUGAGACAUCCAAAGAAGAAGAACUGAAGCUGCUGGAUAAACCUGAGCAAUUUUUACAUGAGUUAGCCCAGAUUCCUAAUUUUGCUGAGCGUGCCCAGUGCAUAAUCUUCAGAUCUGUCUUUUCUGAGGGUAUCACCUCCUUGCACCGAAAGGUAGAGAUCAUCACGCGAGCUUCUAAGGGCUUGCUGCACAUGAAGAGUGUGAAGGAUAUUUUAGCUCUGAUUCUGGCUUUUGGAAAUUAUAUGAACGGAGGAAAUAGGACUCGGGGACAAGCCGAUGGAUAUAGCUUAGAAAUUCUGCCCAAACUCAAGGAUGUCAAAAGUCGGGAUAACGGGAUUAAUCUGGUGGACUACGUUGUUAAGUAUUACCUGCGUUACUAUGAUCAGGAAGCUGGAACAGAAAAGAGUGUUUUCCCCCUGCCGGAACCACAGGAUUUCUUUCUGGCCUCCCAAGUCAAGUUUGAAGACCUCAUAAAAGAUUUGAGAAAACUGAAGAGGCAACUAGAAGCAAGUGAGAAACAGAUGGUGGUGGUGUGCAAGGAGUCCCCAAAGGAGUAUCUCCAGCCUUUCAAGGACAAACUAGAGGAGUUCUUCCAAAAAGCCAGAAAAGAGCAUAAGAUGGAAGAAAGUCACUUAGAGAAUGCACAGAAAAGUUUUGAAACAACAGUAGGAUAUUUUGGGAUGAAGCCAAAGUCUGGUGAGAAGGAGAUCACACCCAGCUACGUGUUUAUGGUGUGGUACGAGUUCUGCAGUGACUUCAAGACAAUUUGGAAACGGGAGAGUAAAAACAUAUCUAAAGAAAGAUUGAAAAUGGCUCAGGAAUCAGUCAGCAAGUUGACUUCAGAGAAGAAAGUGGAGACAAAGAAAAUCAAUCCCACUGCUAGCCUGAAAGAAAGACUGCGUCAGAAGGAAGCCAGUGUGACCACCAACUAAGAGGAAGACACAUGGAAAUGAUGGCGCUGGAGAUGGAGGACCGACCUUGCACGCAUACUCUUUGUGACCACAGGGUUGCAGGACGUUCUUGAAAGAUGUGUCACUAAAUGUUUGUUUUGCUCAUCUCUUUCUGAGGUCAUCUGCAGAGAGUGCCCCAUGCCUUCUUUAAGAAGUCCCUCAUUCAGCCAGAGGAACAAUGGAAAACUAUUUAAGGGAACAUUGCAGAAAUAUUUGAUGACUGUUUCUUGUCGAAGCCCAAAGUCCACUCUGUUGUAAGACCAGAAGAAAUACCACAAUUUUUCCAAAAUGUUUUUAAAAGCUGAGAUUUCCAGCUUUAUAACCAAAGCUUGGUAUGUGUCACAUUGUCACAGAGGAGAGAAAGGAUCAUUGAGGACAGUUGCCUUGGGAGAGUUCAAAGUCUUUGUCGUUACACACUGCUGUUUUGAUUAUUGGUCUUAGUUUUGAUCCUGUUGCAGCAAAAUCCUGCAGCAUCUUUCUCUCCAAUGUUGCAACUCACCAAAACUAUUUUUGAAGAGAUCCAAGAACACGUAUUUUCCAGACUAGAAAAACGAUUUUUUGUUGUUAUGGUUUACGUAAUGAAAAAGAGAAAAAACAGAAUCGUACCUGGGUGGAGAGAGGGAGACAUAUAGCCAUAAACUUCAUCCUGGAGAACAAGUUACCAUGCGAGGAGUUGACGUCAGUUGUUAAGUGAGGCCCAUUCUUGUUUUUACAUCAGUCCUUAGUGGUUUUCUGGGCCAGCAGAGAUUCUGCAUCCCAACUCCCUGGAGAAACUGUGAUACCUGAGCAAGCAUAGCCUUGGGGUCAGAGAACCUGCUUAGACAAGAGACCCAGCGGCAGAGCACCUUUCACAUUUUGGACCGUUCAUGAAUGGGCGAUGUGUUGACAUGCAGCUGAGUUCUGCGUCAUGUCCUGUGACUUUACAGCUGCACCCCCCGCCCGACCGUCCCCAGGAGGCAGUUUCCAGACAGGAGAGCAAAUGCAACUCCCAGCCCCCGCUCACGACCUUGGCUGAUAGGCAUGUGAAGUAGGGUGAAGCAGGACUCUUUAAUGUCAAAAAAAAAAAAAAGGGCAGAAAAAAGGCUCCUUACAUCAAAAUGAAAGAAGGUAAUUACAUUAAUAGAAAUCUUCAGGUGGAAUGUUAUUCAUAGGCAGCUUUUUCUGACCCUGGCUCUUGAGUUACAUAAGGAAACCACCUUGGACCUCUCUGACACUUUUGUCCGUAAUCCACCUCUCUGAAUUUAUCUUGUGAGGGGUGAAGAAAGAGGACUGGAGAUGAAUGGAGAAUAUGUUCAAAGACUCAUUUUAGGCCUUGAAGAAAGAGAGGCUGAGCUUUCUCCUCUAGUUGCUGGAGGACAGUCCAGAGAUGAGCAGGAAUCUUAAAUUUCUUCCCAAUCCAGCCAUCACAUGUGGCCUGCCCCUUGCCCCAGCAUCUUCCCAGAACCCUUGGACUUGCCAGGUGCCUGAGCAUCUUCCCAGGAUAUGCCUGCCAGCCAGCAGCCCCUCAGGAAUGCUUCUAUAAUAGAUCCAGUAAUGAAAACAGCACCAUAUCCUAAUCUAAUGUCACCUUCGGGAAUGAAGACUGUGGUCAGGAUCAAAUCAAGUCACAGAAGCCAUAUUCAUGCAGGUGCUAACCGCCUCUUCUACUGGUGCAACUGAAAGGAAUAUGGUAACACGGUUGGAUUUUUAAAAUUCACAAUGAAGGAAUGAGACAAGCAAAAUAGAAAAGCUGAGAAGGAACGUGCAUGACUAAAAAGGCUUGAAGUUGCUUGUGAGCAAGAAGCUUUUUAUGCUGCUUUCUUAGUCUCUCUUCGUUUUCACUUAACUCUGAAGACAACCAAAAGAACUGAUCAAUUAAAAACUAUUCCACUUACAGCCAUCCUAUGCUCCUUCUAGUGUUAUCAUGCACAGGAAAAGUGCCAGUUUUACCCAUGCCAUAGAAAUCAGCUCUGAGUUCUGUGGGGCCAGCAGACGUCUAAGUCCUUAUAGGCUUGAUGGUGAGCGCAGCAGCAGGUUUUCAGUGGAGUCACUGCUGUCCACUUUGGUCUCUAAAUAGGAUGCUCAUGAGAAAUCAGUGAAGGUAAGCAGGGCUGCCACUGUGGCCACGUAACCCUGCCAGGAACCAGUGCUGAAGAAUAAUAAGUGAGAAGGUUUCAUCAGAGUUGGACAAAUGCAGCCCACUUUGGAUUUCAUCCUAGUGAACAGACUAAAACUGCAGUAAAAUACCUAUUUCUACAAAGUAAGGUUUGCCUGCCUUGGUUGGGGAAACCUAGUGGUUUUGUCACGCUAGUCAAUGUAUUAUGUUGGUGUUUUAAGACACCAUGGCAGAACCUUCAUUAUUCUCACCUGUUCUGAACCCUGCGUCAUAUAUCUGGGAUGCCCCCUCGCAAGUCCACCAGUGUACCACAUUGCUGACACGGCCUUCCUUUUUAACUCAGAUUGAUGCUCAGUAAAGGUCAAUGACAGUUUGUUCAAGGAAGUUCAUCUAGAAUAAUCUGGAGGCCUUGAAAAUGAUCUCUCUAAAAUGCUGUCGGGCUUGUAUUUCGGGCGGCAGGAGAGUCUGAACUUCCUGGAGAGGAGGUGAUCGGGAUGCCAUUCGGCAGCUUGAGCACAUCCAGCCAGCAGGCUUUAAGUGGCUGUUCUAGGUAUAGCCCUCCCUGAACUAGAAAGGAGAGUAACCAGUGUUGCUAGCUGUGUCUAAGCAGACACUCACACCUGACUUACUAGUAACUAAGAACCCUUAACUUACAAACAACUUUGUCUCCUCCUAGGCAAAAUUUAUUAAAUCUGAGGACACAGUUUGACAAUAGUUCAGAUUCUUGCACGAGCAAUCGACAAGCAUCAGAGCACGCAAUAUCAUAAGUUACAUAAAUUGCACAAAGUAUAUCAUAAAUCACACUAUAGAUAUGUUAGGUAAAAAGCAUCAGGCCCAUGAAGUAUCAAAAACCAGGUUAGGAGGUGUGCUGUAUGGCUUUCACUUCAAGAAGUGGCAGCUUAUUGGGGAAAAAGGAGUAAGAAAAAGUGUGGCCAAGCAGAAGUGAAUGUUUAUGAUGACAGUGGGGUGCCCAGAGGUCAUAGGUGAUGGCCCUACUGCCCAACAGUUGCCUUUUGAAUCCUAUGUUGAUGAUGGUGUCUUUCUGCACACUCACUGCAACUUACUCAGGAAUUAUGGAGAAAGAUUAUCUGAAAUCUGAGAAGUGGAAUAAGGAAACCCAGUGGUGCUAUUACACCUUUAAAUGUUCUAGCCAAAACAAAUUGCCAGUAUGGUUGAGGAAUGGAAUAUCAGAUGGCAUAUGUGGUCUCCCCUCCUCUCCCCUAUCAAGGACAGUAGAAGCUGCAAACCUCUUCUCAGCCUCCUUCAGGCACCUCCUGUUUUCAUAAGCACCAUAAAGAAUGGUGUUUCUUAAGUGAAAAGUUCAGAUACUGCUGGUAAAGAAACUGGAAAAAACUGAAGGAAGGAAUAAAAUAUGUUGGUAGUAUUAACACCUCCAGUAAGAUAAGUCAUUGGUAUGGUUUCUCUAAGGGACACAGUGAGAUGUAGCAGAAGAAAUACGUGUAUUUUGGGUGAAGGUUUGCCUAUUGACCUGGGAUUGCACAUUCUCUUUACAUUAUGCUGUCUGCAACAGAGAAAUUUUCAUUUGAAUGAUAUUCUUCCUUUCUUGAAAGUUAUAUGUCCUCAUUUCUAUUUCUGCUUCUCCCUUGGCCAGUAUCAUUGCAACAGCACAGCAAACUGCACCAAGUCAGUGUGUGAAGGGGACUUUGCAAUGCACGCUUGCAGGCUCUUUUUCCGGGAACCAGGCUGUAACAUUGACGGGGGAACCUCUUCGCUCCCUGACAUACAAAAUUGGUCGAUUUUAUAGUACUCACCUCCACCCAUAAAAACAACAAAGAUAAAAUCAAUCUGAAGCUUGAUAUGAUGAGAAGGAAGAAGUAUAAAAAUGUAUAGCUUCCCCCCCAUAUCUAAUCCAAAUAUUAAAUACCUGAUUUUAUAAAGUGGUUUAAAUUGUCUUUUUAAAUUGCUAACAAGAAGCAUCAGUUAUAUUUGAGCUUCAUUUUUCUUUUAUCCUGUCUGUUCUAAUAAAAGUGGCCAAAAGGUGGCAAGGAAAGAAAAAGCUUCCACUUUUCAAAAAUGUUUUCGUAUUAGUUAUUUUAUCUUUAGGUACCCUACAACUGAAGAGAGUGGAGAGAAUAAAGAAAUGAACUUUCAUUCAUAUCUGCUACUUUGUCUUCAUAAAGAAGUCUGCAACACAGAUGAAACCAGUCUGUGUGGCCAAGCUGAUAGGAUUUGAAAAGAGUGGAUAAUUUUUAGCCUUUCCAGAAUGCAGAUAACUUGUUGCAUAUAUUUCCAUUUUCCAGCUAUAGAGAGAAACAAUCUAGCUGCCUGGAAACUGUUAUUAGUACAGAAGUGGCUUAAAGAAAACACCUUCGAAUAGUCAACUCAGCAGAUCUGUCUUCUUUAGACUUACAUAAUGGUACUCAUAUCUCCAUUAGCGAUUGCAUCCAGGCAUAACCAGGCUCAGUUACACAGCUUGUAUGUGACCGGGAAGCCCAUUUUGUGUCAUUUCUGCACACCCGUCCUCUGUUGACACCUCAUUAGAGACACUGCAUUUUGGUUUCACAAUUCUUCAUCUCCCUUCCCAAGGAAUGGGCACUCUACCAAACUCUUCCAGAUCAGUGCUUUGUUGGGAAGUGAUGAGUUUUAACAUGUCCAAUUUGAAGCCAAUUCUGUAUCCUUAUUUGUUCCAAGACUCUUAACCAAUACUGUGAUAUAAAGUUCGCAUUUAGGAAACUUGGGUAGUUAACAACUUACUUGGAAAUAUGAAGAUGUUAAAAUGGCGGCUAGCUAACUCUGUCUCUUAAGCUACUGUGCAAUUUCUACCAAUGGAGAGAUGAGGGAAGCAAAUUAAGCUUCAUUCAGUAGGUCUGCUGUCUGGUGGAACUUACGGAACUCAUUUCCUCCUCUGUCCCCAGCCGUUCUCCUCACUACUCUGGUGAUAACCAGGGGCAUAGACCUUUUCUCUCUUACCCUUCUCUUCUCUGAUAGGUUGGUUUCCUUCAGUCAACAGCUCACGUGAACUCCAGACUUUAUUCUGUAUUACAUCUCUGAAGUUCUUGAUCUGGGGAAGAGUGACUUUUACUCCAUUUUUAUAUGAAGGUGGUAGAUAUAGCCAUCAAUUUAUUUUUCUGCAUUCCCUCUAACCUUAUGUAACUAUCUAUUUUUAAAUCUUCUCUUAAAUAUACUGAGAAUCUCUAGUCUAUCUCCUUUUCUAAAGGCUGAUCCAACUACACUUGUGGGCCAUUUUUCCAAGCUUUGCAUGAAACUUGAUAACAUUGGACCAGCAAAAUGCAAAAGAGACUAUAGUUUCAGGCAGCAAAUCACAUCCAAAGAAUUUGGCGUGAAUUAACCUCUGCCACACUAUAGCUAUCACAUAGGCUGAACAUUUUCCUAAAUUCUACCUGUGCAGACACUGAGGGGCUCUCUACCUUUGAAACUAUGAGAAUGUCUUAAAUGAAUAUGAAUAUUUCUCUCCAUCUACAUAGUAUGAGCUGCCAAUGCAUUAUCUUAUACUUAGUACAUCAAGAAGGAAAUCAGAUGUUUUCAGGCACACAUUGGCAAUGGUUUGUUAACGUCCUUGGCAAGUAGUUUAAAUUGUCUACUUUCCUUCGUUGUUCUCUUCAGGGACUUUCUUCCACUUUCCUGUCAUGAAACUGCUGUAUUUUUGAUGGUUCAACUGGGUUCGCUUUCCAGAUCUGUCUUCCCAAAAUGAAAGGUUAGUCCCGUAGACCACUGGCUAUUCAGGGAAUGACUCUACUUCCCCAUGACAAGGAUGAUAAGUGUUCAGGGAUGAACCUGGAAACCCUUAGCAUGGAGUUUGAAUUCCAGAUUUCUUUAUAGGAGAUGUAUAAAAAGGAGUUUAUAGCAUACAAAAAUUAUACUGCUCUUCCCAAUAAGGGACUAAAAGGCCAUUUGAAAUCUUUACACUUUAGAUGUUUUUGUGAGUUACAAAUAUCUCCUCCUUUUUUCUCUCUUCAUGCUAACUUGUCUGUAGGUAAAAUCUUAUUUCUUCAUACAUCGGGCCACAAGGCAUAAAGAAGGUAACUCAGCCCCACUGAGAUUGUGUUCUGCAUAAUCUUGAAAGGCUUGCAUUCCUAUUGAAAAAUCCAUGAGCGAGAGGGAAAGCGUAGUAACAAUUCUCCUGUUUGUUCACAAUGACACAAAUAGGUUUUGGGGAUCUACCUAAGGGAUAGGUCUACAACAAAACUACUAAUUUUAUAAUUCUGCAAUUCUAUAAUUUCCUGAGGCGUAAUAUGACCCUACUGUCAGCUAGAUGGCUAAUCUUCAAAGAGUGUAUGCAUUAAUAAAAAGGAUUUCCCUUUAAAGAGCUAAUCUAAAAUACUUCUAAAAAGGCAGAAACUUUUAAAAUUAGAAAUUGGUUAAUUUUUAAUCUUUAUUUUAAUCUUUGGAGAAAACGUUGAUUUAUCAUAGUCUUUUUAUUUCAUUGAGUUUUCAUUUAGACUAGCAUGGCAAGCAGGGUGGCCUUGGACUUUGAUUUAGGGGAUUGCGCUUUGGCCUGGAAAAUAAGCACUGGCCUGCAUGCCUAGAACCUAAGUGACGGCAGUCAGCAUCCUCUUGUGUAUCAGACCUAGCAGAAAUGUAAAUUAUUUCAAGUACUUUAGUUUUCUUAGUGAUACCCUGGACCCUGGAGGCAGCUUUCUAAAGUGUGUCUGAUCCAUGCAGUUAUAUGUCUUCAUAGAGCUGGGGCCUUGUGAGGUUGCAAGCAAUGGGAGGAGCAAGAAAAAAAGGAUGCAUGGAGGAGGAAAAUUUGAACGAAGCUAAUGCAAUGUUUUGCUGAUAGAUUACGUUGUUAGGGAGCUGGUGAUUUUUCGCCAUGGUUGUAUCCUGGACAGCUUUUUGUGGAAGUUCAAGACAUCUGUAUUAGGCAAAUGUGAGUGCCCAUGAUCUUGUAUUGAUCAGUGCCAGACAAUGUACUGGGAAAGCAGGUACCCCAGUGAAGCUGGUCUGUACUUGGUUUAACAGCUCCAACAAUUUCGGAUCCACGGGGCUGCUUGUCCAUAGACCCUGUUUACUCCAUGCCUGUUCAAAAGUCAUUUUGACUUCUAGCUUUGUUUCACUUUCUCCUUUCAGUACUUCUGUUUCAGCUUCCUUUUCCUUCAUAUUCCAUGGCUAUUUUUUUUCUUUCUUUACAGUUUCUCCCAGACCCAGAUUUUUUCACCUCUCUGCAUCAUAGACAACUGAAUAUCUCCCUUGGCCCCUCCUCCCUCCCCUCACACCCUGUGCUCCAUCCAUUCCUCAGCCGUUUGGACAGGGAGCCCCGCUGUCACCAAGGAGCCCAUGUGAGACACACUGCUGUGACUGCUUCUUGUUAAUGUCAGCAUCACCUCAUCACUUAAGCAAAAAGGAAAAUCCAUAAAAGAGGUGGAAAAUACGUCUCUUUUUAUUUUACUUUAUUUUAAGAAGGUUGGGCAGGGUGGUGGGGGGUGUUGUUCUAGGCCUUCUCAAGUUUUCAUAGAUUUUACUUUAAUUAAGGCCAUUCUCUUGAUAAAUUUGUACAUCAGAGCAGGUCACCAGCUAUGAUGCAGAAGGCCACAUUUUUGAAUCUCAAGCAACUCUGUGCUGCUGGACAAAUUGACUUAAUUCUGUGCAGGCAAACACUUUGAAUCAUAAGGCUUUUUAUUGCCACUCCAUUCUUACUACUACUCAUGAUUCAAACAUCUACCCCUAUUCUGAAUCAGGAUGUUGACACUUUUUGGUUAUUUUCAGAUGAACAGUAACUGCUACACUCUUGAAAGCACUUAAAGUGUAAGCGUGUCCUAAAUAGCCAUUUAACCUGGUAAAACAUUGGCUUUUCUGUUUAGUUAAGUAUUAGACCAAUCUGUAGAUACAAUCUGAAAGGAUUUUAGGCAGUCAUGAAGACAAUUGGGGAAAGGAGAAGGCCCUUUAAAAGACAUGAAACCUUACGUGCUCUUGGAUAUUUGUAAGCAUAAUAAGCUCAUUGGAUUCAGGUAUUUUCCCUUUGCGUUUUUAAAAAUAUGUAUUUCUAAUUUGUUUGCAUAUUUUGUCAAAGCUGAGAAAUGCUCAUGAGUUGAAUUUAUAAAUGUCAUUUGCAACCAAAUGAAGUAUUUAUUUUUAAAAAGAAAGGGUGAAGGAACCAAUACUGAUUUGUACAUAAUAAAAAUAUGUGUGCGUAUUAUAUAUAUAUAUAUAUUUUUUUUUUUUCCUCGACAGUACUUGGUCACCAUAUCAAGUGUAUUUUUGUAUAUAAUAUAUAUUGAUUAGAAAAAUGUCAAUUGUCUAGUCAAAAAAUUCUCUGUGAUAGAUUAUAUUUAUCCUAAUCUGUUGAUACCUCUGUUAAUUUGUUUUAAGAGAUAGAAUUAUAUUUUUCGGAAUUUACAGAGAAUUGCAUUCAUGACUUUCAAUUGUAAAUAUGCUAAGGGUAUUUUAAUAAAUCUUGGUUUCAUGUCCA